UAAUAAUGAGAGCUUCAUUCUCGAUGUUGUAAUAUCUAAGACGGUAUUCGACAGUGAUUUUUUUCCAGUGACACAGUCUUCGCUAAGUUAUGCAAAAUAUGUGACAGUAUAAAAUGUCGGCACCUCUAGGCGUGCAGGGAUUUUAGAAGAUAUUUUUAUGCAAUGAGAACUGGUCAUAUAGUAAGUGCAGGAUAAGCUGACGAAGUCGUCGGAGUCACCGGUGCAUAGGCCAAGUCCACGAACCCAAACCAGGGAUCACGAUGACGACUUUUAAAGCCUGGUUUAUAUACAGGUGGCGACAGAUUAUAACAUCAUGUACGAUAGGAGUCGCCAUCAUAUGCACCGGAAAUGUCGUUGGUUGGUCUGUGGAGGUGUCCAGGAUUAUGGAGGACGAAACCAUACCUCUCAACAUCACGCGAAAUGAUCAGCAGUGGUUAGUGUCGAGCUCAGGAAUCGCCGCCAUGUUUUCUACACUGUUUUGUAGCGCACUUGUGGAGUACGUUGGUCCCUGCCGAGUUAUCAGCUCCAUGCUGCUGCCUGCAGCUUUAGGGUGGGUCCUUAUGGCAGUGUCAGAAUCUCUGCCUUGGAUAUAUAUUGGGAGAAUCAUCACGGGAGCCGUAGGAUUCAUGUUGACUACUAUCAUACAGCCUCUGCUAGCUGAAAUGUGCACAGCUGACGUGCGAGGACUGCUGUCUUCCUUGCCAGAGAUUAUGGUAAGUGUUGGUAUGCUGCUGAUUUACGUUCUGGCUCGUUUCUUGGACUGGGAGAGCGCCACCUUGGUCUGCGGUGUCAUUCUCUUCCCGAUUAACGCUGCUCUCCUGUUCGUGCCCGAAUCUCCAUACUGGCUCCUCAAGAAUGGCAAGGAAAAACUCGCACUCAGAGCUCUCAUGAAGCUUCGCGCUCCAGAACACGAUGUAGACACUGAGCUUAAUUCAAUCAGAGAUGCCCUCACUGCCCAGGAACAAAAUGGAUCCAUAUGGAAACAGGUAAAAGCUCUCAAAGAACCUGGAAACUACCGACCUGUCAUAUUGGUGACAUCAAUGUUCGUCCUCCGGGAGCUGGGCGGUGCUAUGGUGAUUUUCAUGUAUGCCGUCUUCUUCUUCGAGAAUGCUGGCGUGAUGUUUGACCCUUUCACCUGCUCUGUACUCGUAGGCAUCUGCAGACUCAUCUUCACCGUCAUUUCUGCCUGCACCAUCGACAAACUGGGACGCCGACCUCUUCUCAUUGGGUCGUCAUUGGUCUGCGGGUUGGCGAUGUAUGUCACAGGUGCUGUUCUCUACAGCGACGGCAAAGGGUAUGGCUGGGUCCCCUUGACUUCUGUGAUGGUGUACGUAGCAUCUUUCGGCAUGGGAGCAGGACCUGUCCCUUGGAUCCUUCUGGGCGAACUACUCCCUACUCCAGUGAGGUCCCUCGGUGCCUCCAUCUGUACUGGUUGCUUUGUUAUCCUUCUUUUCGUUAUCACUCAAGUCUUCCCUGACUUGACCACAGCAAUUGGACUGGAAGAUGCCGUGAUGGUCUUUGGUUCUGUUUAUGUGGUUCUGGCACUGGUGGCAUUCUUCUUCCUACCGGAGAGCCGAGGAAAAACUCUAGAAGAACUGCAGUAUGCCUUUGUUGGAGGCGGAGCCCUGACCCCUUUCACCAACCCAGAGCGACAAGGAUACACCCCAGCCUAUGGAAGCACCUUCCCUUCCACCUCACAGAGCCUGGAAAAAGUCCGUUAGAUCUAAUGAUAUCCCACUAUGAGAGAUGAAGUUGUGCUGAAUGUGCUUUCAACUUACCAGAGAUAACUUGAGCACUCCUGGAAACAUAUAUAGACCAGUUCACUGAACUGAAAUUUCCAUUUCAACAGAGAUGGCGAUCAACAUAUUUAGAUUGGAUUGGAAUGUUGUACUCUGAAGUUGGGUUGAGUGUUUGAGGAGGUUCCAUCAUAUUCAUAUAUCUUGGUGAUUUUAAGACUAUAAUUGUACAUAAAUACAAAUAGAAUUUAAAAUCUGAAUUAUGUUUGAAGCUUGUAAUAAAAACCAUUAGGAAUCACAUUUUAUAUGACAGAUACGAAGUUCUAUCUAUGAAGCUUUUCAAAUAUUUUAAAAUGUCUCCUUAGAAUAAAGGCCUAACAAAUAAACAGUUGAAUGCCA